UGCUGGUCUCGUCCAUUGUUCUAAGAGGCUUCCAUUCAAGUGUGAGCGAGUCUCGUGCACAAUAGACUCGUUGGGGGGCGCCGCGCCGUGAUUGGCUGCCAGGGAGGCGCGAGCGAGCUCCGUCGCCCGCCACGACAGAUGUACUCUCUCUGUCCGUGUCGGAGUCUGAGCCCCAUAAGGCGGGCAGACCGAGCAACGGCGACCGUGGGCGGACGAACCGAGAGCCGACCACAGUCAGUUCAACCGGCGACUCCCAGCAACACGACCACGGGAGAGAAACGGAACACAAACCGUUGACGUCGCCGACAACGUCCCCGGAGUUUAGGCUCCUCUCAUGCAGUGUGACCAUGGAUGGCAUUCACAAUGGGGUUCAGGUCGGCGAGAACAAGUUCAUCAGCAAGGCAACCAUCCUCUCGCAUCUGAAAAUAUACAACCUCUACUAUGAAGGACAGAAUCUACAGCUCAGACACAGAGAGGAAGAGGGGGAGCUGAUUGUGGAGGGCCUGUUGAACAUCUUUUGGGGCCUGCGCCGUCCAAUCAGGCUUCAGAUGCAGGACGACCACGAGCGCAUCCGACCUCCUCCAUCCUCUACAUCCUGGCACUCGGGUUGCAUUCUGGACAGUCAAGGCUCCCCAAACAGCGCAGACAGUCAACAAACGCCACAUGUGACUCCGCCCACUGUGGUGGUGACGUCGCCUGACAACAACUCGGAAGACAACGGUGAGAUGGAGGAGCAUGCUGAAGAGGACAGUGAGACCUCAGCUCAGCUACUUAGAACCAAGAGUGAUGCCGGAAUUCUAAGGCGAGUCCACCGCCGCUCCCCCAGCGACCAGAGGAAGAUCCGACGCCAUCGCUUUUCCAUCAACGGACACUUUUACAACCACAAGACAGCCGUGUUCACGCCUGCUUUCGGCUCAGUGACCAACGUUCGCAUCAACAGCUGCAUGACGACACCUCAGGUGCUCAGAGUUCUCCUCAACAAGUUUAAAAUUGAAAACAGCCCGGAUGACUUUGCACUCUACCUCGUCCAUGCAAGUGGGGAGCGAGCGAAGCUGAAGCGCAGUGACUUCCCUCUGGUUUUGAGAGUGAUGCAAGGUCCGUGUGAGCAGGUGUGCAAACUCUUCCUCAUGGAGGAGGACCUGGGAGAAGAAGUCACAUAUGAUGUGGCGCAGUAUAUCAAGUUUGAGAUGCCCGUGCUGCAGAGCUUCAUCACCAAGCUGAAGGAGGAGGAAGACAGAGAGGUGCAGAAGCUGAGGAGAAGGUACAACGUCCUACGCUGCAUCAUAGAGAAGCAGCUCGGCUGUCUGCCAGAAGGCCCCGCAUGCAUGUGAACACCAGCAACCACCAGCAGCAUCACGUCGAAGUGUCCGGACGACUACAAGCUUCAAACACACGAGACGAGGACGCCAUCUUGAUGUGUCUGCUCUGGGUGGCGCAGACAGCAGGUUACAUUGUGUGCCGGCAUGAUACAACACAGUGUGACUCAGGGAAGCUGACAAACCGAUUGGCUGGUCAUCCAUUUUCUAUAGCGCAUUGUCCUCAUUCGGGUCGCAUGUGAGCUGCAGACGAUUCCAGCUGACUUUGGGUCAGAGGUAAGGUACACCCGGGACUGGGCGCUAGCCAAUCACAGGGCACGUGUAGACAAACAACCACUCACUCUCCAUUGAGAGUCCUCAAAGAACGUCACCGAAUGAACCUGCCUGACCUCUCAACUGCGACCCGGACACGUUAACCACGGGGCUAUGGCGCCACCCACACUGUCUCAUGUCCAUUUAAAGCACAAGCAUCAUGUCAUGCUUUUCGUCAAGUGCCUGCUCAAAACUCACAAAGCACAAACGAAGAACUUUGAUCAUGUUUCCUCUACGUACAAAUCAAAUGAUGAGCACAAAGGCCAAAAGACUCCUUCUGUACCCACAAUGCACUUAGGGCAUUUUUGUUCGCUACUGCCGGUGGCGGAGUGGUUUACUCUCCACUUAUAGGUACUCCAAACAGGACACGUCAUUCAUCACAUCCCACGUACGGAUACGAAUGUCAUGUCGACAUGUUCAAAGCACAGCAAAAGACUUUUGAGGGCUGUUAUUUUAAGCCUGCAUGGUGCACAACACAAGAUCGCUUGUGUCUGCUUGUCUCUGUUGUUACUGUUUUCCGUUGUUAAUGUGUGCGUGAUCCACACGGCUUAUAUGCACACGCAGAGCCUGAGUGGAAGUAGGUCAGUGAAGAGUGAAAGCGGCGCACACAAAGACGCCAUCGUGUUGCGUCCCGCGUGUCUGUUACUCCAGAAAUAUUUGCCCACUGGUGACACCGUGAAAGCCGCUGCAAGGUGUCUACUGCACUCUCUGUGUCGCUGUAGGAAGUCUUUCGGUGAUCUUGUAGUUUUCUUUUUGACCCGUAGUUUACUGUGUCGUACUUACAGAGUCCAUGCAAAUGUCUGUAUGUCAUUCUGAGAAUGUGCAUGCUUUGUUUCAGACUUUUUUUUGACUGCUUUUUUUUUUUUACGACUUCUUAGGCAGAGCUAUGAAAUAUUUUAAUCCUUCACAUGGGAACAACUCAUGCUGAUGUGAAAAUGUUGGGCCGGGUGGUGUUGUAUAAUGAUUGUAAUUUAAUUAAAAAGAGAUUUUAGAGAA